UCGGAGCACGUGACCGGCCCGAGGCGAUGGCGCCGCCCGGGGCCGCCGGUCGGCCGCGCCGCGUCGUGACCCAGCAGUGUGAGGUCGGCACGUGACCCGGGUCAGCUGGCGACAACCGGGUGUGAUGGCACGCCCUUAGUGACCCGGCGGAGGGCGAUCUCUGAGGCGUCGUGUGACCCGGUCAGCGUGGGCGGGUGUGACGCCGGGCCAGACCGGCAGGAUGUAUCCCGGCAUGACCUGGCACCACGCGACGAGCAUCGAGCACGCGCAGGCCAGCAACGCGGCCAGGUCGAUGAAAGCUGAUUAUUUGAUGCCGCAAACCCUGCAGCAAGUCAACCAUCCAAAAACCCAGAUUGAGAUCAUCCCGUGCAAAGUGUGCGGCGACAAGUCGUCGGGUGUGCACUAUGGCAUCAUCACGUGCGAAGGCUGCAAGGGCUUCUUCCGCCGCUCGCAGUCGGGCAUAGUGAACUACCAGUGUCCGCGGCAGAAAAACUGCGUCGUCGACAGGAUCAACCGAAACCGGUGCCAGUACUGCCGACUGCAGAAAUGCCUGAAGCUCGGCAUGUCCAGGGACGCCGUCAAGUUCGGCCGCAUGUCGAAGAAGCAGCGGGAGAAGGUGGAGGAUGAGGUGCGCUUCUACCGGGGCAAGAUGGACCUGGCGGACGGCAGCCUGCCCGACUCGUCCGCCUACCCCGACACGGCACAAAUGCCCACCUCGUCUCAGGACCCGCUGGGAGCGUACGGCACCUACCAGCCGUACCCGAACCCGAGCGACCUGCCCGGCCAGUACCCAGCCGGAGGCUGCAGCUCCUACCCGUCGCCCUUCCCCUUCAGCAUGGACGACGGCGUCGACUCGACCACGCCCUCCUGGCAGCCGCCCAUGGAGGUCAUGUCGAGCACACAGCAGCUGCCAGACUCGGUGCUGAUGGCGACCUUCGGUAACUCAGAUCCGUCCCGAAUCUCUGACCUGCUCGCCGAGACCAUCACAGACGCGCACAGGAGCACGCUGCUCUGCUCCAGCGAGUUCAUCCAGGAGAUGCUGAGGAUGCCGCCGGAUCUCAGCAAAAUCUCCUACUAUAGCAAAUUGAGUCACGAGGACCUGAUGAUGGACGCAGCCCAGAAGGUCACCUCGGUCAUCCACAACAUCAUCGACUUCGCCAAGCUGCUGCCCGGCUUCAUGGAGUACUCGGAGACGGACAAGAUCAACCUGCUGAAGGCCGGCGCGUUCGAGCUGACAGUGCUGCGGAUGACGCGCCACUACGACUUGCGUCAGUCGGUAGUGCUCUACGGCGACACGGUGAUGCGCAUGGACUUCUUCCUCACCGGCGACACCAUGGAGAUGAAGCUGGUGACGGAGGUGUUCGAGCUGGUGCGCAGUCUCUGCGAGCUGAAGCUGACCGAGGCUGAGCUGGCGCUGUUCUCAGCGUUCUGCCUGCUCUCGCCCGAUCGGCCGGGCCUGACGUGUGCCGAGAGCGUGCAGCGGUUAAACCAGGAGCUGCUGAAGGCGCUGCGCAUUCGGCUGGAGCGAUCGCACCCGCUGCCCAUCAAGGGGGACGUCACUGCCUUCCAGAUGCUGCUCUCCAAGGUCCCCAGCCUCAGGGAAGCCUCCGCCACCUACCUUGAAGUGAUCGGCAACUUCAAGAGGAUGGCGCCGCACCUGGAGUUCCCUGCGCUGCACAAGGAGCUCUUCACCGUCACCAGCUGAACGAAAGGUGCAAUUCCGUGUUAUAGAGACGGAUCAACCUCCACCGGCGUGCUGCCCACUGCACCGAUCAUGCCGCACGGAGCAGCGGCGUCCGCCACCCCAGAGGCAUCAACGGACACCCGGGAGCCGUCACAUUACACCUAGCAGGCGUCAAAUGACACCCAGGUGGCGUCGUUUGACACCCAGAAGUGGCGUCAAAUGGCACUCGGGCGUGUCAAAUGACACACGGAGGCGUCGAAUGACGCGGCCGCCGGUCGGCGCGCGGCGCGUGAUUUUACACGGCGUAGGCGUGUUGUUGUCCGAAUGCCCGUUAUGGCGUGUGGGCAUAGCGCAGAUGUCCGGCCAGGCGGACUAUUUAUUAAUGUACAUAGCAGUAGCAUGCUGGUGUUGGGAAUGUAUGAGGCCUUUGCAAAAUGGACCUCCAGAAUGACGUCUCUUGUUUUGCCAUCGUCGCUAGCUGAACGCCACGAGUGAUCAGCUAAGCCUUUUAAAUCCUGAAUGAUCUUAGCUGUGUUGACAGAGAAUUGCUUCCGCGCUUCAGCAUAAUAGUGUAGAUAUGUUAGAUCCGCGGUCAUUCUUGUGGCAGCGAGCAUAAAAAUACCAGUACAUCUAUCAUUGUUAUUGUUAAAAGUACAAAGAGUUUCGUCAGGUCUCAAACUCACGCUCUCCGUGUGGAUUCUUGACGUGUAAGGGUUUUGUAUGGGGCUCGGAGGAAACCAUCAAAACUGACCCGACUGUGUAAUACCGGACGUGCCUCUUGUAUACAUUUCGUUCUGCACAGAGCUGGCGGUGCGCGGAGUACGCCACAGGGGCGGCUCCUCGCGGCCGCGUUUCGCCUUUUCCGCUCUCACCAAUGCUGGGUCGCCGGGCGUCCGGAGGCCUGACGGUUAGGCAUCGUAACAGCGUUUUAAGAAUAAACUGGUAUUUUGUAAACACGA